AUGUCUGUGCGAAGGAAUGUGCGUCUGCGCCGCGAGUACCUGUACCGCAAGGGCCUGGAGGGCAAGGAGCGCGCGCUGUACGAGCACAAGCAGCAGCUGAAGGAGGCCAUCCGCAGCGGCAAGGCCAUCCCCACGGAGCUGCGCAGCGUCGAGAAGGACCUGCGCCAUGAGAUGGAGUACGACGACGAGGCCCACGAGAAGCCCAUCAGCCACAUCGACGACGAGUACAAGAACGCCGGCAUGUUCGACCCCAAGAUCGCCAUCACCACGUCGCGAGACCCGAGCGCCAGGCUCAAGCAGUUCGCGCAGGAGAUCCGCCUCAUCUUCCCCAACGCCAUCCGCCUCAACCGCGGCGCCCACACCGUCGGCGACCUGGUGGAGAGCGCGAGGUCCAACGACUUUACAGACUUGAUCCUGGUCACGGAGACCCGAGGCGAGCCAGAUGGUCUGGUGGUGUGCCACUUGCCGUACGGCCCGACGGCCUACUUCUCGCUGAGCAACACGGUGCUGCGUCACGACAUCGAGGACCGCGCCACGAUCUCGGAGGCGUACCCGCACCUCAUCAUCAACCAGUUCGAGACGAUGCUGGGCAAGCGCGUGGCCAACAUCCUGAAGCACCUGUUCCCGGUGCCCAAGCCGGACUCGAAGCGUGUCAUCACGCUGUCGAACGACAACGACUUCGUGUCCUUCCGCCACCACGUCUUCAAAGUGACAGGGCGCGAGGUGGAGCUGCAGGAGUGCGGGCCCCGUUUCGAGCUGCAGCUGUACCAGGUCAAGCUUGGCACGCUCGACCAGAAGGAGGCGGAGAACGAGUGGGUGCUGCGGCCGUACAUGAACUCGGCCAAGAAGCGCCGUGUGUUGUAG